GCGGCACUUUAUUUUGAAAGGUCGCUCCUGUGUCGACCAGUUCGCUGCUUCAGGCGUUAACAUCACUACAAGGACAGUUCAGGCUACUUGAGCCCAAACCAGCGUUACGUUCACUGUCACAGCAGCUCUCAAGUGCGGGUCCCACCAUGCGAAGUGCGAAUCUCCUGAUACCUGCGCUGCUGCUCCUCCUGGCUCUCCCCGUGUCCAGGGGACGCUACAACGAUGAUUUUGAUGACGGCGAAGACCUAGUCGACUUCGACGACAACGACUUCGCUGAGUUCGAGGACAUGAACGACGACCAAGUGGCUGAAACCGAAACCGUCCCUCCGCCUCGCACGCCGCCGUCCUCGCAGCCUGAAGAGGAUGAAGAUGAAGACGAAGCCACCGUGGAGCUGGAGGAUGGCCAGGAUGGUUUCGAGGACUCGGAGACACAGGAUCAAGACAUGGACAACAUAUAUGACCAGGAGGAAUUUGAGGGGAUUGGAGACAAGCCGACGGGCCCCUCCAUGAAGAACCUCAUAAUCAGCAAGGUUCCUCCACAUCUGCAGAACAGCUGGGAGAGUUACUACAUGGAGAUCCUGAUGGUGACCGGCCUGUUGGCCUACAUCAUGAACUACAUCAUCGGCAAGAACAAGAACAGUCGCCUCGCUCAGGCCUGGUUCAGCUCGCACAGAGAACUUUUAGAGAGCAACUUUGCACUAGUGGGCGAUGACGGCACCAGUAAAGAAGCAGUGAGCACUGGGAAGCUGAAUCAGGAAAAUGAACACAUCUACAACCUGUGGUGCUCCGGCCGUGUGUGCUGUGAAGGCAUGCUGAUCCAACUCAAGUUUCUGAAGAGGCAGGACCUGCUCAACGUUCUGGCCAGGAUGAUGAGGCCCGCCUGUGAUCAAGUGCAAAUCAAAGUGACUCUUAAUGAAGAGGACAUGGACACUUUUGUGUUUGCUGUUGGCACCAAGAAGGCCAUGGCCAGGCUUCAGAAGGAGAUGCAGGACUUGAGUGAGUUCUGCGGUGACAAGCCUAAGUCUGGGGCCAAGUAUGGGCUCCCAGAAUCCCUGGCUAUCCUAAGUGAGAUGGGCGAGGUCACCGAUGGGGUGAUGGACAACAAGAUGGUUCAUUAUGUCACCAACAAUGCUGACAAGAUAGAGUCCAUUCAUUUUUCGGACCAAUUUUCUGGUCCAAAAGUUAUGCAAGAGGAGGGCCAGCCCUUAAAGCUGCCUGAGACCAAGAAGACGCUGUUGUUUACAUUUAAUGUGCCUGGCAUGGGCAACACCUCUCCCAAAGACAUGGACGCUCUGCUCUCUCUCAUGAACAUGGUGAUCUACAGCAUUGACAAAGUCAAGAAACUCCGUCUGAACAGAGAGGGCAAACAGAAAGCGGACAGAAACCGGGCUCGUGUGGAGGAGAACUUCCUGAAGCAGACUCACGCUCAGCGCCAGGAGGCUGCCCAGACCCGCCGGGAGGAAAAGAAGCGAGCCGAGAAGGAGAGGAUCAUGAAUGAGGAGGACCCUGAGAGACAACGUCGCCUGGAGGAAGCAGCCCAGCGCCGUGAGCAGAAGAAGAUCGAGAAGAAGCAGAUGAAGAUGAAGCAGAUCAAAGUGAAAGCCAUGUGAGAGGCCACCACAGGGGAUAGUGAUACAAGCACACAAGAGCAGUGCUCAGCUCCGUUUUCUCCAGCUUCUCUCGCCACAGUCUGCAGCUCUGGCUCACAGUCGCUCCAGCUCUAAACAGACAUCCGGUGCCCAUGGGUGUGUCAAGCUUAGCUGUCUCUGUCACCACCUGCUCCAUUUGGUGUGGCUACACCUUAAUGUCUGAACUGUCCAUAUCAAGAGAGAGAGAGAGGGACUUUUCCACCAUCAAAUCUGUCACCACAAUUUAUGCCAGGAUUUUUUUUUCUCUCCAACUAUAUUUUCAAAAUGAAUCAAAGCUCUGUUUGAACGCUUUGGAGCUCGAUGAGCUUUUUAGACUUAAUCGGCUGGGAAGGGAAACACUAUUUGUUGGUCUUGAGCCACAUUUUAAACCGACUGAAAGUAUCGCUGUGGUUUCUUUGGAAAUGUAUUUGCAUUAAUAUAAAACAUUAAAGAAUUUUUUAAUUUAUAUCUGCUAUGAGAUUGGUUUCUUGCAGGCUGUUUCUAAUGAAUAUCUGAGCAAACAUAAUAAAAUGCACUGGAGACUA